ACAGGGAGAAGCGGAAUCUCACAGCACAUGGGAGGUUAGUGUGGUUCCACUAGGGCAACUGGGCAUGCUCAGUAGCCAGGACAGGUUUUGGUCUCAAGUAGACAGCCAGUGCGUUACACCGGCUGUAGGCAGUGAGGGAGCUUAGGGAAGGCAGCUGCUGCGAGAGGAGGAAGAAGAGGAGGAGGAGGAGGAGGAAGGAGAGAAAGAAUUGGUAGGGGGGGAUGUGGGAGCAGCACUGAGGAAAACAGCCACCCCUAGGUGAAGAAAGAGUUGGUGGGGAGCGAACGUGUGGGUGGUGGAAAAGACCCUCCUUGCACUUCCAGUCUCCUGUGCUUGCUUUGGGAAAAAAGAAGAGGAAGAAAUUUUAAGAGGGAGAAAAAGAAAAAGAAAAGGAGCGAAGAAAGAAAGGGGUGGAGUGGGGGUGGGGAUAAAAUACGGUGCGGGGGAAAAAAAAAAAAAAAGCAAGAAAGCGCUGCGGAAAAGGGAUCCCGGCAAGAAAGCGCUGCGGGGAAGGGAUCCCAGCAAGCCCGGGGUUGGCAGCGUGGAGCCGGCGCGGUUGCUUGGACAGGUGCCGCUGCCCUGAGAAGAAGGCAUGUGACGCGGCGGCGGCGGCCGCUGCCUGCGGGCGGAGCGCUCGCUGGACCUAGAGCCCACACCCCGACUGAGGGACAAGUUGCCCUUUCUCCCAUAGUCAACUCCCGUGGAGCCUACUGAGCUUCGGGUUGGAUCAUGAACCGGAGUCUACGAAGCGUGAAUCUGGCUUGAGCAUCUUGGUCCUGGGUCGUUUGCUCGCUGAACCUUCCUAGAACGGGAGUGGAGUGAGGAAUCCAGGCACCUUGUUGAGGGCAUUGGAAAGGUUUUGACAAGGCAGAGGUACCUGCAACGUUCCGGGAUUCAGUCCACCAGAUAUGGAUGGUUAUAGCAGAUAUUUCAGCAAGGAACAUUAUCAGAGAUUAUGGAUUGGAUGAACCAUAUUCGUUUGCAAUAUGAUGUACAAUAUCAGGACUCUUCCCUGUCAUUGCCUUCAUGGUGAUAGAACACCAGGUUUCCUUCAGGAAGAGAAAUACACAACAGUGUCUAGUACAGUGGCUUGAUUUGAUGUUUCUACCUAGAACAUGUGGUGUGUUCUCAAUGCCUGUGUCUGAAUCAUAUCAUUGAUUUUUCAUUUAUUUUAUCUGAUUCUCACCAUCCAUCUCUAUCAAGAACAAAGGAGGAAAGAUCAAGAAAAGACUAUGCCAGAGAGCCACGAUGACCCUGCACAGUAACAAUACAACCUCUUCCUCAUUUGUUAACAUCAGCACUUCCUGGACCCAAGGCAGCUCAGGCCCAGGUCUUCCCCCUCACUAUGGCAGCUACAAUGUCUCUCAAGCAUCUGAGGCUUUUUCCAACAAUGCUACAAACAACGAUCCCCUUGGUGGUCACACCGUCUGGCAAGUGGUCCUCAUUGCCUUGCUGACUGGUAUCCUAGCUCUGGUGACCAUCAUUGGCAACAUCCUGGUGAUUGUGGCGUUUAAAGUUAACAAGCAGCUAAAGACGGUCAACAACUACUUUCUCCUGAGCCUGGCUUGUGCUGAUCUGAUCAUUGGCGUUAUUUCAAUGAACCUUUUUACCACAUACAUCAUCAUGAACCGAUGGGCCUUGGGAAACUUAGCUUGUGACCUCUGGCUCUCUAUUGACUAUGUGGCCAGCAACGCUUCAGUCAUGAACCUUCUGGUCAUCAGCUUUGACCGGUACUUUUCCAUUACCAGGCCACUCACAUACCGAGCUAAGAGAACAACCAAAAGGGCCGGUAUGAUGAUCGGCCUUGCUUGGAUCAUCUCCUUCAUCCUUUGGGCUCCUGCCAUAUUGUUCUGGCAGUACUUUGUUGGAGAAAGAACUGUCCCCCCAGGGGAGUGUUUCAUUCAGUUCCUCACUGAACCCACCAUUACCUUUGGCACUGCCAUAGCUGCCUUUUAUAUGCCUGUGACUAUUAUGACUAUUUUAUACUGGAGGAUCUACAAGGAGACUGAGAAACGUACCAAAGAGCUUGCCGGACUGCAGGCCUCAGGAAGUGAGGCAGAAGCUGCCCAUUUUGUUAAUCCAACGGGCAGCUCUAGGAGCUGCAGUAGUUAUGAGCUACAACAGCAAACCCUAAAACGCUCGAGCAGGCGGAAGUAUGGCCGCUGUCAUUUCUGGUUCACAACAAAGAGCUGGAAACCCAGCGCUGAGCAGAUGGAUCAAGAACAUAGUAGCAGUGACAGCUGGAACAACAAUGAUGCUGCUGCUUCUCUUGAAAAUUCUGCCUCUUCUGAUGAGGAAGACAUUGGCUCAGAGACAAGAGCCAUUUACUCCAUUGUGCUGAAGCUCCCAGGUCAUAGCACUAUCCUGAACUCAACCAAAUUGCCCUCAUCAGAGGACCUGCAAGGAUCAGAGGAGGAGCUCCAAAAAGCUGACUUGGAGAAGAAAACUAACAAGCUACAAGCCCAGAAAAGCAUGGAGGAUGGAGGCAGCUUUCGGAAGAGCUUUGCCAAGCUUCCCAUUCAAUUAGAGUCAACUGUGGAGGCUGCCAAGACACCUGAGGCCAUUUCUUCUGUUGCUAAGACAACAGCAGCUCUGCCUCUUUCCUUCAAAGAGGCUACACUGGCCAAAAGAUUUGCCCUUAAAACGAGAAGUCAGAUCACAAAACGGAAAAGGAUGUCCCUCAUCAAGGAGAAAAAAGCAGCACAGACCCUCAGUGCAAUUUUACUUGCCUUUAUCAUCACCUGGACUCCGUAUAACAUCAUGGUCCUGGUGAACACCUUUUGCAAGAGCUGCAUCCCUAAAACCUAUUGGAACCUGGGGUACUGGCUUUGUUAUAUCAACAGCACGGUGAAUCCCAUGUGCUAUGCACUAUGUAACAAAACAUUCAGAACCACAUUCAAGAUGUUGCUGCUUUGUCAGUGUGAUAAAAGAAAGAGGCGCAAACAGCAGUAUCAACAAAGGCAAUCAGUUAUUUUUCACAAGAGGGUCCCACAGGAGGCUUCAUAAAGUGAAACAUUUUUAAACAACAGCAGCGACCAAACACACAUGCACUUAGACCACACUGACCUUGAGAAAGGGAGAGGAAGAGGAUUUUUUUUUCUGGUAUUGAUAUUAGACAUUUCAAUGUCCAGCUAUCAAAGCCGCUGCUUGGCUGAUGUAUUCUUUUAAUAAACCUAUUUUAAUAUAAAAAUUCAAAUGCACAUUAAGCAAAAGAAAAAUAUACUACUGAAAGGUAAAACAUUAACUCAGAAGUUGUUAUUCUACUACUUUAAAUGUUUUUCCUAAAAAGGGAGAAAAACAAAGCUGUAUAGUAGUUAUAAAUCCAUUAUUGACCUGCCCAGGUCUAUUGACUCCUAUCAGCUCUGGGAUCUCAGGUAAGAACAUAUAGCUGGCCUAAUUUCCAACUUCUUUCCAAGGAUCCUGCAAGUUUUAAUCCAGGCUCUUGAAUUAAAGGCCAGAGGCCAGCAAGAAGAUGGUUGUGAAAAGUUUUAACAUGUUGCAAGGUGGCAUCUUGUCCCAAUAGAGCUUCCUGUCUUCUCUUUGGUGUAUCCUUGUUAAACCCUACCUACCUGUGGACUUGAUCCUCCAUCCUUCCGGAGUACUGUUUUGUGCAGCUAAAGUUUCGUGUAUAUGAAAAUAAAUUCACAUAUAUGUGUGAGUACAGAGUGCACACACACAUGUAUGUAAUAUACUGGGAAACAACAAAACUGGCAAAAUAUUCCUGCAAUACAUGAUUUCUGUAUUUUGGCAACUAAAGUUCUCUGGAAAUCUAACACAACACAAAUGUUCACCAUGAUCCGGAUGAAAACUGGCCUCAUUUAAUGCUUUUAAGUCAAGGCUUUUUUUUUAGGGGCCAUUCCAAGAAUAGCGGAAUCCUAUCCAAAGUAACCCAGAUGAAGCCAGCAGUGUUCAACUAUACCUACUAGAUGCCCUCAUGUUCAGUCUGAGCAGCUAAGCGAAGGUAAACAAAUCUGUGGAGAUUAGUGGUCUUGAAACCAGAUGAGUCCAAAUCAGCCAGGAAAAUCAAUCUCUUCUAGACUCUAGCACCCCACACUGAGGACUGGGUAUCUGCAUUGGUUUAACGCUUUCUGUACCUGUGCUAAGGCUCAGGCUCCUUGGAUCUCAAAGAAUGACUUGCAACACAGUGUUUUUGAAUUCUCCACAGUCUCAAAUCUGAACUUGCGGCUAAAAAAAAUUUCUAUGAUAUGCUUGAAACUCAACAUUAGUGACAUGGCUGUCUGGGUCUCAUCAAUUGCAAUAUAUCUGGUAAUAAUAAAAGGAAAAACCUUUUUAAAAAAAAAGAAGAAGAAAAAGACUGAAAAAAUUGAAAUUGUUUUGGUUACCUGGCAUUUUCUGAUGAAAAUUUAUUAAAUAAAUUAAAGGGCUUAAAUCUGUGUCAUUUAGACAUUGCCAGUGUUUCCUAGGCUUGAGCAUGUGAUCAGCACCCAAAUAACGGUUGGGUUCUAUAAAAGUUAGGUGUCCUCUGAGCAAGGGACUGUAUUUUUAAAAGUAUUGCUUCUAAUUUGAUUUAUUUACAUUUUGAGAAAUAAUUUUGUAUUUUAAUUUGACCAAAAUUA